AUGGGUUCUACACAAUUCGGCAACUUUCGCGACUUCUGCCGCGACUCGACAUUACCAGUCUGCAAUCUCUUCGUGGGCAACAAUCAGCCGCCAGGCACUGAAUAUGGCGGCUGCAGGCUUACUGGCAUUUCCCUCAGUGGUGAUCGCUACCUUGCCAAUCUCGGCUCCAUCCUCGUCGCCUUCAUCGCUAUCCUCGUAACCAUCUAUCUACUUAUAAGGUCGAACAAGAAAGCGGCUGCUGUGGGUCGAAGGGAGAUGCAAGUCUUCCUUCUGGGCUAUAUCAUCAUCGAGAUCUGCGAGAUAUUCACGGUUGGAGGCUUUCCUUUGAAUCAUUCAGUGCGCAAAGGCUUCAGCGCAGUUCAUGUGGCCGCCAUAGCAGCUACCUGCUGGGUCUUGCUCCUGAAUGCAUUAGUCGGUUUCCAACUGUUGGACGACGGUACACCAGUAAGUCUGGCGCUACUGGUUGGCUCCGCAUCCGCCAUAGCGAUUGGGACCGGCUACAUCGCUCUCGACGUCGGAUUCAGCUACACUGGCUUUUUUGACUCGACAUACGGACCUCCAAAUCGCGCAAUAGGACUCUACGUCCUCUACCAGCUCUUCCCGCUCGUCUGUCUUGUUGUGUUCUUCAUCUGCGAAACCAUUCUCGUCCUGAGAGUCCUUGGCGAGAAGAAACCAAUGCGCGACCUCGUCAUCGCGGCGUUACUAUUCGCAAUCGGCCAGAUCUUCCAAUACGUUAUCUCAGUACAUUUAUGCAAUUCCACCAAUGGCAGGAUCAAUGGCGCGUUCUUCGAGACUCUCUUUACAUUACUGAGCGUGGUGGCAAUAUGGAAGUUCUGGAGUGAGAUUACCGAGGAUGACUGGCCAAUGCCCAUAUCAGGGUCGACGUACACAUGA